GUCUGCGAUUACACUUGGUCGCAGAUUGGUGUUGUGUUUUAGAGCAUCAAGUUUUUGGCGCUGUUGCCGGGGACCCUCUAGGUUAUUGGGGAAACGUGAAAGUCUGUUACUUUAGCUUUGUUUUUUCUUUUCUUUUCCACCCUUGCUUUUCACUUAGGUGUUAUGUUUUUGUUGGUGCAGCUCUGAAACAUGGACCCUCAUGGCUUCUCCAACCAUUGGGGGUAUCAACCACCAUCCGUGUGGUAUUACCCCGAGACUUCCUGGAGCAAUCAAGGAGGAGAAGACUAUGGGUUCGGAUGUUAGUACCAACCCCCCUUCUACGGAGAACAACCAAACCCUUGGGAACCUCAAGGACAAUAUCCUUUUCAAGAAGAGUUCCUGCCACAACCAGAGGGGCCAUCUGAGUUGGAGUUAGCCAUGGAGGCCUUCACGGGUCACUCUGCAGAGCCAUGCUACACUUCACUGGAAGAUCCGAACAAACAAUUAAGGCUUCUCGUGGAGCACUUUGCUCGAGACACUGAGAGAGCAUGCUCCAAGAUGGAUCUUCAAAUCCAAGCCCUUGCAUCUUCCGAUCCCUCAUUUCUCCAUGAUAUGGAGGAGACUGUUCAGCGCUCAGCGAAGCAAACAGAGUGGGUGGAGCAAGUUUGCUCACAUCUUGCUCAAGAUCACCUUUCUGCUACCACGCUGAUGAUUAAAUCGUGAAUGCAAAGUUGGGGUAUUUGUUUUACUUGACUUGGGAAACUUCACUAUCUGUUGGUAAAUGAAGUAUAUACUUGUUUAUGUAGGAUGAAUUUGACAUAGACACGGCAGGAGCAGAUGCAAGGAAGAUUAUGGAGAAGAGAAUGAAGAAGCGGUUCAUCAAUUACAAGUAUGCGAUGCACGCUCACUACCUGAAAGACCCUCAGACAGCCAGGACAGACCCUCCAGUGGACAUGAACAUAGAGGAUUGGCAUAUGCUUUGUGAUCACUUUGAGAGUGAAAACUUUCUAGUAAGUAACACCUUCUGUUUCAUCAUCAAUUCUUUCAUGCGUAACCUUGCCUUACAAUAAAUGGUUGCUAAUGACUUGUAUUUGUCAUAUGCAGAAGCGAAGCCAAAUAAAUAAAGCCAACAAGAGUAAGCAAGUGUAUGCACACACUUCUGGUGCAAAAUCGCUUGAUCAAAGAAUAUAUGAGUUGGUAAGUGUUCUCGAAUUCAAAGACUAAUUUAUACAUUCAAAGAAUAUAUGAGUUGGUUUAACUCUGCCUGAUUGUGGAACUUUCCUUGUUUCGUGUACGAGAAGAAAAAGAAGCAAAAGCAGUAGGAGGAGCAGCCUACGCAAGAAGAGCGGGAAACUGAUAUGGAGGACGCUGAUACCCUAGAGGAGGAGCCAAUAGAUCUCCUAUUGUAUGCGAAGAGGUAUCAGCGGGCUGACGGUAGUUGGGUAUCGGAGGAACCGCAGAAGAACUAUGUGAGUUCAUCCUUUUGUACCUUUUUUGAUUUUCACUGAGUUCAUACCAAACCAUGUGACAUAUAUCAUUACCCAUUGUUGUUCAAUCCUAGUUGGAGAUGCAGUCCAUGUCGAUAGAGGUAAAGGCAGAGGGGAAGCCUAUAUCAGGCCGUGACAUUGUUUAGAAGGUCCUCAAGAAAAAGGUGAAGUAUGGACCGAAGGGGAACCCAAGAUCAGCAAAGGAGCUUCAACUCCAAGCAGAAUUGGAGGCAACAAGGGCUGAAGCGGAAAGAAAAGCCAAGGAGUCUGCUGAGAAGAUACAGAGUCAGGAGGAGCAGCUAAAAAGCCAGGCUGAGAAGAUACAACUUCAGGAAGAAAAGUUAAAGAGCCAGGAGGAGAGGUUUGAUACUCAAGCAGAGGAGAUGAACCAGAUGAAAGCCGCCCAGGACAAGCUACAGCAUCAAGUGCUAGUGAUUGCUCGCCAAUUACCCUGCAAAUGAACUCCUAAGUCCAAGGUAACGACAUUGCCUUAGUUUGCAGAGGCAGAUGAGAAUGCAGGCUAGGUGUUUGAUGUUUUAAGUAUGUUAGUUUAUGCUUUUGUGAACAAAGUUAUCAUGCUUUGUGUUGUGGUGAACAAUGAGUUUCAUGUGUUGUGUGAUGUUGGACUACUUUGAAUGUUUGUUUAUGGUGAACAAGGACUUAGCGGGACAUGGGAAUGGACAUGGAUGUAAUAUGGUAGAUGUUUUCCAAUAUAUCUCCAUGUUCAGUUUGCGGAUAAAAUUUCGCAUUAUGGAAUUUGUUAAGCAGGUCAAAUGUGACAACAAUGGAAAGUUCACAUAUUAUGACAAGUCCAUGACGAGCUAUAUUCGUCAUAAUAGGAAAAAAUGACAAAAUAUACUCGUCAUAAUAAGGAUUUACGACAAAAGGGCCAAGUCACAAUUAUAAGUUAUGAGAAAAUGCGUUCGUCAUAAUAUACUGAAAUGACAAAA